AUGCUCUCCACGGAUGCAGAGGGCCAGCUCGCCUUGCGCGCGGUGCUGCAGAAGAAGCCUGGGGAGGAGCUUCACCUGGGCAGGGCCAUCCGCCUGGCAGGAUGGCCACCUAUGUCGAAUGCCAAAGUGCUGGCAAGGUGCCCCGCCGCGGUGCACUUGGAGCUGUUCCCCGAAACGCGGGAGCCCAGCGAGAGCUCCGGUGCGGCAGUUUCAAAAGGCCCCUACGGCAGAACCGCGUUGCGCUGCAAGGUGGUAUGUCAAGACUCUGGCGAGGAGCUGGCAGCGCUGCGCUUGCUGGCGCUGCUGAAUGAUCGCUGGGCUCGGGAGGGGCUGAUACUGUCCAAUGUGCCGGUCUUUUGCCCCCUCUACGCCGUGGAGCACCUGAACUUCGGAUUGCUGUUGGAGGAGCCCCCGGGGGUCACCUUGGGCGAGCUGAAGAGAAGAUGCGGGGAGCACACGCGGACGCGCGUGGUGGACUACCUGGGCCGCGAGAAGCUACCGCUGCUUGCCGCCACCUGCGCCGCGAAUUUGGCUGCAAGUUACCUCCUGGGCGCCUCAGCAGGGGACGGGGACACACUAAGGCACGGGGCUCUGUGGGCUCUUCGGGCGCGGGGCAUUGCUGGACGCGCCGCCGGUGUGGCUACCGAAGGACGCUCCCUCACGCGGUCACCGUACCGCGCCGGACCGGUCUUGCUCCGACAGCUACACGACAGCCAGCGAGAGGAUCUGCCAGAGGGAUUGAUGGGCGCGAACCAGUCCACCGUGAAGUCAGCGGGCGAUGCCGCCAUUAUGUACACCUACACGGAUGAGGCGCCCAUGCUCGCCACGCACGCCUUCUAUCCGAUCGUGCAGGCCUUCCUGGCGCAAGCGAAGGUCCCGGUGGAGCUGCGGGACAUCUCCGUGGCAGGGCGCUUGCUCUCGCAGUUCCCUGACUUCCUCACGCCAGAGCAGAAGGAGGAGGACAUCCUCUCGCAGCUGGGGGAGUUGGCAAAGAGCGGCAAGGCCAACAUUAUCAAGUUGCCGAACGUCAGCGCCUCCAUUCCGCAGUUGAAGGAGUGCAUUGCGGAAUUGCAGGCGAAGGGCUACAAGAUUCCCAACUACCCGGAAGACCCGAAAGAUGACAAGGAGAAGGACAUCAAGGCGCGCUACGCCAAAGUCUUGGGCAGCGCUGUGAACCCGGUGCUCCGGGAGGGCAACUCCGACCGCCGCGCGGCGGUGCCCGUCAAAGAGUACGCCUUCAAGUACCCCCACUCCAUGGGGAAGUGGCUCACUGAGUCCAAGACGCACGUCAGCUCCAUGGAGGAUGGGGACUUCUACUCCCACGAGAAGUCCGUGAUCAUCAAGGAGCCCUGCGAGGUACGUAUCGAGCACCUCUCAGAGGAAGGCAAGGUCACGGUGCUGAAGGAUAAGCUGUCGCUGCAGAAGGACGAGGUGCUGGACGCGUCCUUCAUGAAUUGCAAGAUGCUGCGCAGCUUCUACGAGGAGCAGAUUGCGGACGCCAAGGAGCGUGGGGUGCUCUUCUCACUGCACCUCAAGGCUACCAUGAUGAAGGUGUCGGACCCCAUCAUGUUCGGGCACUGCGUGAAGGCCUUCUUCAAGGACGUCUUCGCAAAGUAUGCUGACACCUUCGAAAAGCUGGGUGUGAACGCCAACAACGGGUUGGGCGACCUGUACAAGAAGAUUGCGGCAUUGCCGGAUGCUGAGCGUCAGGCGAUCGAGGCGGACUUGAAGGCCACCUACGAGACCCAGCCGCGCAUGGCCAUGGUGGAUUCCCAUAAGGGCAUCACUAACCUCCACGUGCCCAGCGAUAUCAUCAUCGACAACUCUAUGCCAACCGCCAUCCGUGCGGGCGGCAAGAUGUGGGACGCGGAUGACACCGAACAGGACUUCAAGGCCGCCAUCCCUGACCGCUCCUAUGCCGGGGUGUUCAGCGAGUGUGUGGAGUUCUGCAAGAAGAAUGGCGCCUUCGACCCGAAGACCAUGGGCGCCUGCCCCAACGUGGGGCUUAUGGCACAGAAGGCGGAGGAGUACGGGUCUCAUCCCACCACAUUCGAGGCGAAGGAGGAUGGCACCAUCCGCAUCGUGAACACUAAGACCGGCGCUGUGUUGCUGGGACAUCGUUUGCACCAAGGCGACAUCUGGCGCUCUUGCCAGACCAAGGACGCCCCUAUCAAGGACUGGGUAAAGCUGGCGGUGCACAGGUGCCGGGAGAACAACUUCCCCAAGAAGGAGCAGCCCUGCAAGGCGAUCUUUUGGUUGGACCCUGCCCGGGCCCACGACUGCAACAUCAUCAGCAAGGUGCUGCAGUAUCUCCCCGAGUUCGACACCAAGGGUCUGGACAUUGAGAUCCUGAGCCCCGCCGAGGCUAUGCGUGUCACUUGCGAGCGCGCCAAGCAGGGUCUGAACACCAUCACCGUCACAGGUAACGUGCUCCGGGACUACCUGACCGACCUCUUCCCGAUCCUGGAGCUGGGAACAAGUGCCAAGAUGCUGUCCAUUGUGCCGAUGCUGGCGGGGGGCGGCAUGUACGAGACGGGCGCAGGGGGCUCCGCCCCGAAGCACGUGCAGCAGUUCACCAAGGAGGGCCACCUGCGAUGGGACUCCCUAGGAGAGUAUCUGGCGCUCAGCGAGUCCAUCCAGGACUUGGCGCGGGAGACCAACAACACGGCGGCCGGCACCUUGGGCGCUGCGCUGGACAAAGCCGUGGGCACCUUUCUGAGCGCCAACAAGAACCCUUCGAGAAAGGUCAAGGAGAUCGACAACAGGGGUAGCCACUACUGGGUUGCCCGGUACUGGGCCGAGGAGCUUGCCAAGCAGGACAAGACGGCGGACUUGAAGAAAACCUUUGAGGCGGUCUCCAAUGAGCUGCAGAAGUCCGAGGAGACCAUCUUGAAGGACCUCAUUGAGUGCCAGGGCUCGUCGGUGGACAUCGGCGGCUACUACCGGGUGGACAAGGCCAAGGCUGACAAGGCCAUGAACCCCAGCGAGACCUUCAACAAGAUCAUCCUGCAGUUGGCCAGCCCCGACGCCAGAUGCUAG